CUCUGCUCUCGUCUGUCUUGUGAAGAACUACAUGUCCCAAACUGCUUUGCUACACGUGAACCUUGCUCGAAUACAUAUGGAUCAGUAAACUCUUACUGGAGCUCAUAUGACUGCUGUUUUCUAUCAGACUUGGGCGAAUAAUCCUCGGGCCACACACAACUCUACCUGAAGUCAAACACAAAGAGGGCAGCAGAAAGGUUUGAGCUCUGCGGCCAUGUUUGCUUUUAGCUGUUUCCUAUUGGUUGGACUGGUAUGUCAAAGUUUGGGCCAGUACGAAUAUGACGAUUACGAUUCCCCCGCAGGAAUGGAGAUAAUAUCAUCUCCUGGCUGUGCCCAAGAAUGUGACUGCCCGAUCAACUUUCCCUCUGCUAUGUACUGCAAUGAACGCAACCUGAAGUUCAUCCCCAUCGUGCCAAGUGGAAUCAAAUACCUCUACCUGCAGGACAACAACAUCGAGGAGGUUAAACCCGGCGUAUUCGAUAAUGCCACCGACCUUCGCUGGCUUGUUCUCGAUAACAACAACAUCACCAGUGAGAAGAUCCGGGCUGGUACCAUUGAUAAACUGAUUAAACUGGAGAAGCUCUACUUUAGUCAUAACAAGCUAACCAAACCCCCAGGCCCUCUGUCUAAGUCUCUGGAUGAGUUGAAGUUGACAGACAACCAGCUCACUUCGUUCCCCUCCAACACUUUGUCUGGCAUGGAAAACCUGACCACCAUCCACCUGUCGAAGAACAAACUGACCACCGAGAGCAUCACUGGGGCCUUCAAGGGUUUGAAGUCUCUCCUUCUGCUGGACGUCAGUGAGAACAAGCUGAAGAAACUUCCUGCAGGGGUUCCAGCUUCGCUGUUGAUGCUCUACGCCGAUAAUAACGAGAUCGAUAGCAUCCCGAGUGGCUACCUGGCUAAACUUCCAUACCUGCAGUAUUUGCGUGUUUCCCACAAUAAAUUGGUGGAUUCGGGAAUCCCUGCGGGUGUGUUUAACGUGUCCUCUCUUCUCGAGCUGGACUUGGCCUUCAACAAGUUAAAGACCAUUCCGGAAAUCAACGAAUCCCUCGAGCACCUGUACCUGCAAGUCAAUGAGAUAGACAAAUUCGAUCUGUCUAAUAUCUGCAAGUUCAGCUCUCCCGUCAAUUACUCCAGACUGAAAACCCUGCGUUUGGAUGGAAACAACGUCAAGCACAGCAGCAUGCCAGAUGAUACCUCCAACUGCCUACGCCAGGCCGCUGAGAUUAUUUUUGAAUAGGGUCACUAUCAUCUCCGAUGUGAAGUCAAUGAUACCCAAACCGUAUUAAGGCUAUUGAUCUUUUUAGACACUUCGACAUCUAUGUUUGUUUGCACUUUGACAACAAUAUUAACUCUCCAAAAUGUUUAUGAAAACAUUUUGGCAGCAAUUGCGGUGAAAUCGUGAAAAUCUGCCACAUAAUAAAUCACAGUUUUGAAUGAUACUGCAUUAGGAGUGGUAGUUGCAUUUGAAAAUAGAAACUGUACUACCUUUUCACCAUGCUUUUGAGCACAUACAAGAUGUUACAGUCUAAAGAGAAACACAGAUGUAAAAAAAUUACUAUAGCUUAGUGUCAUCAAAUUUCAUUGUAGAUGUCAUUUAAUUUCAUCUUAAUUGUUCCGCAUGUUAAACAUCUUAAUCACUCAGAAUGUGUUAUUAUUGCAAUCAUAUUAUUCAUAAUGCUGAAAUGAGAUUAAACUAUUACAUAUUACAAGCAUAUUUUUUUGCAAAUUUUUAUAGUAGGGUUUCUGUAAGUAAGAGUAAGUAAAAUGUUUAUUAAUAGCAAACUAGUAGCGUAACAUGUUCUAAACACUGCCAACAUUUAUACUGUAUUCUAUCUGCAUGCAAUUCAUCAUACCGUUUGUAACAGUUAUUGCUUACAAUACUACAGCUUUGGAUUUUUUUAUUAAUUUAAUACACCAUUUACGUCAUCAUUAUGUCACUCAAAUUAAUGAGGCCUUGGAUUACAGCUCACUGUUAUGUAAAAUUCUCUGAUUUGUUGUUGUUUAGUGGAAAAAUACAAGUUUGUUCAUCUUUAAUUGAAUAAAUCAGAUUUCUUAUA